AGAAGAUGAGACAGAAAAUGGCAGGAGUGAAUGAGUGUUUUAGCAUUGGAAGUAUUGUAGCUUGUAAAACAUGUUAUAACAAGGAAAUAGAAGGAGAGGUUCUUGCAUUUGAUCCUCAAACAAAAAUGCUUAUUCUUAAAUGUCCAGCAUCAAAUGGUCAAGCGCCAUUGAAUGACGUUCAUAUCAUCAACCUGUCAUUGGUGAGCGAUGUCCAAGUUAAAAGAGAAGUGAACACAGUACCAGAAGCUCCACAGUCACUAGAUUUAUGUAGGCUAAACAGCAGGGUACGCAACCAGAUUGAUGAGAAGCGAAGGCUUGUCACUGCCCUGUCUGCAAGUGUUCCUCCAGAAGGACAGAAGCUAUUCUUUGCCAUCUCAAAGACCAUCAAGGAAGUCAGUUGGCAGGGGUCUAACAUCGUGGUGUUUAACAGUGUGAUGAUUACGCCCCCAUACAAGUUAGACAAUGUGAGAGCACUCGCAGACACCAAAGCCUUACUGCACAUCAAGAAAGUAGUUGAGAAACACAUGAAGGAACAGGCGGCUUCAGAGGCAGCCAUGUCGGUUGCUGGAGCACAGACAUCACCGCAGUAAGGAGGCAUCAUUUGACUGUACAUUGAGAGAUUGCAGAACCAGGGGAGCAUUACUGCUUAUAUUCCAUUGUUUAGGACCAGACCUACUGGCCACCAUUACCAGCACUUUCGCGCACCUCAGCAAAACCUCGAUACUGUGCUUG